AUGUCUGGCAACGACAACCCCGGAAACUUUGCGAACCGUCCCAAGGACGAAGUCAAGGCCGCAGCACAGAAAGGUGGAGAGCACUCCCAUAGCGGCGGUUUCGCAUCUAUGGAUGCUGACAAGCAACACGACAUCGCCUCUAUGGGUGGCAAGGCCUCAUCUGGCAGUUUCGAGCCCGGCAGUGAGAAGGCUAAGGAGGCCGGCAGGAAGGGUGGACAGUCGUCUUAG